AGCUGUUCGUUGUGGCUUGAAUGUGUAUCAUCAUCCGAGGUCGUCUCUAUCAUUUUGGAAUAAAGAUGAGUUAUGAAUUGGAGGAAAUGUGUUGCACACUCAUGUCUACAGAAUGAAUAACAAUGGACAACGUUAGUAUAUUAUUGGGUCUCGAAUGGUCAUCUCGUGGAUAAUGCAUGAUAUUAGAAUAUAUUGCUAAGAGCGGCACAAAACUAAAACCAACUCACUCACCAAGAGGAUGCUGUUGUGCGAAUCAUGCUAUAUGAAUAAGUACCAUCAAUGAAGUGGUAUUAAGAAAUGCUGUGUCUUAUUUUACAGGAAAGUCCCAAAUAUCUGCCGAACUUUAAGAAUCCCUGCUGGUACGCAAUAGAGAAUGGAAAGCUCCAUCUUAAGUGCGUCCCAUACUACCACAUUCUUGGAGUGGCCAAAUCGGGGACCACCGACCUCUCCUACCGCAUACUGGCCCAUGAAGACGUCCUUGGAUGCAAUGAUUGUUACAAACAGAAGGAAAUAUUUUAUUGGAGCCGUUUAAGAUAUGAGGAUACUGUCGCCAUUUUUGGUACUAAGCUGCUCGAGCGGAUUUUACAGCUGGAACACGUGCCUGUAUCCCUCGCCCGAUACAGUCCCAGCAACGUGCUCAAGGGGAUAUGGACUCGUGGUAGGCACGGAAGGUUAUACACUCAGCAUGAAGGAAGCGGGGAGAGCAUGCAACUUCAGCUGCCAUCUACAAAAGUUCACUAUCGCGGCACAAAAGAUAGAACAGAAAGUUACAGAAUCAGGAUACCACAACAUGAUUACAGGUUAUAUUCCGACUACACGAUGUUAGGAGGGAGCUCUGCUGAGGAUUUCCAUGAAGCUGUCAGUGACACUAUUCAGAUCGAGGAGGCCUGCAUGAAGAACCACACUGUGGAACAAUGUCUGUUCAGCCUGGACAUAUCACGAAGACUUCGAACUCGUAUUUAUUUUGGGUGCUAUUCGGUGUAUAUGCGACAGUGGCUGAAGGUGUUUCCGCGAGACCAAUUCCUGAUCUUGCGAACAGAGGACCACAAUAAAGGUCCAAAAGCUCAGCUAAGAAAAGUGUACAACUAUUUGAAACUAAAUUAUACUGAAGAGUGGCUGGCCUCCAUCACGCGUGUCCCUCAUCAAAAUGCCAGUAAGAAGAAGAAAGGAAUGGGACCCAUGCUUCAAAAGACCCGUAUCCUACUGGAUGGAUUUUACAGCAGAUAUAAUCAGGACUUGGCAGAUAUGCUGCAGGACAAGAUGUUUCUGUGGUUGACAUAAUAGUUGCCUUAAAACUUAAUCUUAAUUGUGGGGGAUAUAAAAUACCACACUAAA